AUGUUAUCCCGUAUAUACCAAGCUAGUUUAAAAAAAACGUUUAUUGUUAAUCGGCAAUUUGCCCGAUGUGCUAGCACCAUACUUUCAAAGAAUGAUAGAUCGUUCCUAGAUGAGAAUAAUCGAAUCGCAACUCCUAAUUUAUGUGUUGUUUCCACUAUUAGUGUUCCAGUACGUUAUAGACGAUUCGACAGUAAAAACGACCCAAAAGAUGAUGAUAAUUCGGAAGAAGUAGAAGAAUCCCAAAAUGUAAGAGCUGUUUACGACGUUAAGUCCAAUUCAGAUAAUACUUCAAUUGCCACUAUUCAAGUACCAGACGAAUUGCCGCUUUUACCAUUAGUCACUAUAGCAAAACCACCGCUAUAUCCUAGAUUAUUUAGAAUUGUUGAGGUUUGUAAAAAACAAAAGUAAAAUCUGAAUCAAAAUAUUUACUAAAUAAGAAUUAUUUUUUAUUAGAUUAGUGACCCUAAAUUGAUUGCAUUGAUCAAAAAAAAAAAAGCAUUAAAUCAACCCUUUAUCGGGCUAUUUAUGAGAAAAAAUGUUGAUUUGUGAGUGAACUACUAUUAUUGCAUAAUAUGCACUAUUUAAAAUGGGAUUAGGAAAAAAAAGCAUAUUUUCAGGCUUUAUUGUAGGGUGCAGUAGGACACUAAUUGUGCAGUAGGAAUUAUAAAACAUGCAGUAGACUGAAUGAAUAUGUGCAUUUGAGAAAUACAAUAAAAUUUACUUUGCCAGAGCUAUUUAAAAUAAUCCAUGUAUAAUAUUAUAAUAGCUGACACGGACAGCAGUUUAUUUGACUCAUUAUGUAUAUUUGUGCAGUUGGAAAAAACCUUGCAAUAAAACCUGCAUAUUAUAAUAUAAUAAGUAACUAUUAUUUAGUACUACAUAUUAUAUAGUACCAUAUAAUUGAUACCUACACCAUAUUUUAAUACCAUUUUUGUUACUUUCGAUUAUGGCUGCAGAUUUUGAUAACUUAUUCCAAUAACUAUUUUUGUGAAAAUGUUAAAAAUAUUAUCAAUGAAUACAUAAUAUAGUCAAUGAUAUGAAAAUAUGGCGUGGUUACCUAUUAUAUGGUGCUAAUAAUAUAUAGUACUAACAAUAAUAUUACUUUUUAUAUUAUAAUUUAUAAUAUGUAAAAUAAAUAUAUUGCUUUUUUUUCCUAAAUUCAUUUAAAAUGCCUAAGUUAUAUGAAUAAAGCAUACAUUGAUUAAUGUUUCAUUUUUAGAGUUUCAGAUAGUGUUGUUACAGAUAUUGAUGAAAUAUAUAGUAUCGGAUCACUUGGCCGAAUAAAUGAAAUGCGAGAAUUUGGAAACAAAUUGCAUAUGCUUAUUCAAUGUUUUAGGCGUAUUAAGGUGACAAAGCCACUUUUUGAAGAUAAAGAUAUUGAUAAAAGUAUUGUUUUUUGUAACCUUAGUAAAUAUUGUAUUCAUUAAACUAGUUUAUGUAAUACAUUAUAGUAACAAAUGAUAUGAUCAAACGUAAUAAGAAACAAACACGAACUAAGGGAGUUUCAAGCAUACCUGAAAUAGAGCCGAUUCCGGAGACUGAAAAGCCACAGCAACAAGUUCUUAUGAUUGAGGUAGAAAACUUAAAAGAUGAACCUUAUGAAAAAACAAUGGAGAUUAAAGUAUGUUUAUAUGUCUACUAUGAAUUUAAAAUUAUUUAUCAUGUUUAUUAAAUAUUUUAUCUAUCUUAGGCUCUAUCCCAAGAAAUAAUAAAAACUAUUCAAUCUGUUAUUAGUAUAAAUCCUAUUUACAAAGAAAUAUUACACCCAAUGUUGCAACAUGGCAAUGUAGCAGAUGAUCCUUCAUAUUUAUCUGAUAUAGCUGCUGCUAUAGCUGAUUGCGAUACUCAUGAAUAUCAAGAAAUUUUAGAAGAAAUUAAUGUAAGUGUUAUAAAAAUUAUAAUUUGACAAUUAUGUAAUGCAUAAAAUAAAAUGUAGUUAACUUAAAAAAUAUUUACUAAAACACCACUCAGAGAAGAUUAUAAAACCUAAAUAGAGUACUUGUUUCAUCUCAUAUACUCUUCAGACUGUCCCACUUUAUCUGCUAAAUGUCUUAUUCUUUUUGAUUCUCUUUAUUUCUUAAAUACUCCCUUGGAUCUGCCUGAUAUUUUAAAUUCUUCAAACACUUCAAAUGUUAAACAUUACAGCGGUGAAUCCAGGAUUUAAUUUUUGGGGGGCCCAUAGUCCAAAAUUCAGUGACCAUAAUAAUAUUUCAUACAAAAUUAUCUAUGACUAUUGAAUUAAUAAAACUUAACUUAGGCCAAUGAGGGAGGGGCAAGGCCCCUCGAGACCCUUCUUUAAAUUUGCUACUGAAAUAUUAUUAUUAUGGUAAUUAAUUAAUUUGUGCCAAAUGUAACUUUAUUUAUUUUAGGUUCCAAAACGUCUUUUACUUUCAUUAGGUUGUGUGAAAAAACUAUUGGAACUCAGUGAAAUUCAAAUAAAAAUAAGUAAGGAAGUUGAUGAAAAAGUAAAACAACAACAUCGUAAAUUUAUACUCCAAGAACAAUUAAAAGUAAUAAAAAAAGAACUUGGUCUUGAAAAGGAUGAUAAAGAUUCAAUAGUAGAAAAGUUCAGAGAUAGACUGAAAGUAUGUUUCUCUGUUAUAAUUUAAAUCUAUUUAUUUAAUAAUUAUUAUUCGUCACUAAUAUAUAUUCAAUAAUUUUUAUUAAAUAAUAUAUUACAUUUUUAUGUUUAUUUUUUAAUGUAUGUAUUUAAUUAAAAGGAUAAACAAGUACCUAUUAAAGUCAUGGAAGUCAUCGAAGAAGAAUUAACUAAACUGUCAUUUUUAGAACAGCAUUCGUCAGAAUUUAAGUAAGUUCUUAUCUGUACUAUAAGAAUAUUAUACAUUUAUGAUUUUUUGAAAAUUCUAAUUUGAUAUUAGGUAUUUUAAAUUGGUUUAUAUCUUAAAUUUUAACCAACUAAAUUCGCAUAUAUAAAAUUAUUAAUUAUUUAUAUAAUAAUGUGUUUAGUGUUACAAGAAAUUAUCUAGAUUGGCUUACACAAUUGCCAUGGGGUUCAAUAAGUGAUGAAAACUUUGAUUUACACCAUGCAACAACUAUUUUAAAUGAAGAUCAUUAUGGAAUGGAUGAUGUUAAAAAGCGAAUUCUAGAAUUUAUUGCAGUUAGCAAAUUAAAAGGGUCAACACACGGAAAGAUUUUAUGCUUUCAUGGUCCACCAGGUGUUGGCAAAACAAGCAUUGCUAAGUCAAUUGCAAGAGCUCUAAAUCGAGAAGUGAGUCAAUUAUUAAAAUCAUAAUGUUUUAUUAUCUAAACUAUAGUUAUAUAUUCUUUUUUUCUAUAGUAUUUUAGAUUUAGUGUAGGUGGUAUGACUGAUGUAGCUGAAAUUAAAGGUCAUCGUAGAACGUAUGUUGGUGCUAUGCCUGGUAAAAUGAUUCAAUGUCUAAAGAAAACAUCAACUGAAAACCCUUUGGUUUUAAUUGAUGAAAUUGAUAAAAUUGGAAGGUAAUAUAUAAUUAUUAGAUAUGCAAUUGUUUAAUUUACAGAACAUGAAUGCUUGUUUAUUUUUUGCUAGAGGACACCAAGGCGAUCCAUCAUCAGCACUAUUAGAAAUGCUUGAUCCUGAACAAAAUGCUAAUUUCUUAGACCAUUACUUGGAUGUAUCUGUAGAUUAG